UGAACCAUCUGUCAUCAGGAAAAGGAACCAAGUGCAACAGAACAAAACAAAGAAGUGCAGGGACCGGGAGCUGUGGAGGAACCGGAACUGAGUGGAACAGAACUAAACAAAGAAGCUCAGGAACAGGGGGUUGAGAAUGUAGAGGUGCAGCAGGAGGAGGUGCCUCAGCAGGAGGGACAACAGGAUAACCCUUCCCAAACAGAGGAAGAGCUCAAUACCCCUGAGGAUAUUUUAGUUUCCCCAUACCAACCAGCUGCACAGCUAAUUGAGCCACAAACUCUGCCCAACCGCACUCUCCGAUUCCAGGAGAGCUGGUUCAAAGACUACCCCUGGCUACAUUACAGUUCUGCAAUUAAAGGAGUUUUGUGUUUCUACUGUGUAAAGGCCUUUAAACAUAAUAUUCCAACAAUGGCCAGAAAUACAGAACAAACCUUCAUUUCCUUGGGGUUCAGGAACUGGAAGAAGGGUAGGGAGGCGUUCGACAAGCACACCAACAGUAAGGCACACAUUGUUGCUGUAAACAAACACACACAUACACACAACUCUGUCAGGAUGCAACUUUGCAGCAUCUCAGAAAAAUCACAAGAAGCAGCCAGGUCAGCACUGGUAAAGAUUGUGAGUUCACUGAGGUACCUUGCUAGACAGGGAUUAGCUCUCAGAGGCCAUGACAAUGAUGAGGGAAACUUCAAGCAGCAUCUGGAGGAGAAGGCUGAGAGUGACCCAAAACUGGCAAGCUGGUUGCUGAGAAACCAUGCCUACACAAGUCCUGAGUGUCAGAAUGAGAUACUGCAGUUAAUGAGCAACGCCAUUAUCAGACAAAUAGCUAAAAACAUCCAUGCUUUACCUGUACUGCAGUACUCCUUGAUAAUGGACGGAACACAGGAUAUAUCUGGCACGGAACAGAUUUCAAUUUGCCUCCGGUAUGUGGAUGCUGACCUUGAGCCAAGGGAGGACUUUGUUGGUCUGUACGAGGCCUCUUCAACGACCGGUGAGCACCUUUUUAGAAUUGCCUCUGAUGUGCUGCUCCGUCUAAACCUGCCGUUCUCUGGUCUUCGUGGGCAGACCUACGAUGGCGCAGCCAACAUGUCGGGGCACUUGUCAGGGACACAAGCUCUGAUCCGGAGACAGCAACCAUUGGCCAACUUUGUCCACUGUGGCCCACACUGUGUAAACCUUGUCACACAGGCUACGUGCAAAUCCACACCGGUGAUAAGGGAUGCCCUGCAUUGGAUCCAUGAGCUGGGAUGCUUACUUGCCCAGUCUGGAAAAUGCAAGACCACUUUCAAAGACAUUGCCAUGUCCACCACAGGCUCCUUCACCUCCAUCAAGCCUCUGUGUGCCACCAGAUGGACUGUGCGUGCUCCAGCCAUCAGAGCAGUCCUCAGCCAGUACAACGCCAUCUUGAGUGCGCUGGAGGAGAUGGCCUCUGCUGCAAAGGUCAACGACAACACUGCCUCUAGAGCACAUGGUGUUCUUCAGAAGCUGGAAAGUGGAAACACCGUUCUUGGCCUUCUCCUGGGUCAAGAAGUCAUCACAAGGUUGGAGGGGCUGAACUCAAGUCUGCAGGCAAGAGGGAAGACCAUCAGUGGAAUGCUGAAAGCCGUUGAAUAUGUUAGGCAGGGCUUUCUCUCUUUGAGGGCCGAUGAUGCGUUCAAGGCCAUCUAUGACAAAGCUGUGGAUUUUGCCGCAGACUUGGAUCUCCAGCAAAUACAGUUACCUCAUGUCCGAAUGCCAUCCAGUAAACAUGGUGGUCCUGCCAAGCAUCAUACUCCUGCGACACCAGAGGAGUAUUUCCGGGUCCAGUUUUUCAGUGCCAUUGACAUGGCGACCACCCAGCUUCAUGAGCGUUUUGAUCAGGUGAGCCUGGGAAAUCUGGUGAAGCUGGAGGAGCUGCUGAUUACCGGAAACAAAAAUAUGGUGGUGAGCUUGUACCCAGAACUGGACCUACAGGCACUACAAAUUCAACUGGCCAUAUUUAAAGCAAAUAACACCUACACUUCAUGCAAAGAAGCUGUCCAAAUUCUCAGAGGCAUGCCACCAGAGGUCAGAGGGCUCUUCUCACAGGUGGAGACUCUGGUGAGACUGCUACUCGUGGUCCCAGUUUCAUCCUGUGAGGCUGAAAGGAGCUUAAGUGCUCUGCGACGGCUGAAGAAUUGGCUGAGGACAACAAUGACCCAGUUGAGGCUCAACAGCACUGCAGUCUGCCAUAUCCACAGGGAUACACUGAAGGCCUUGGACAAAAGGGAAAUAGCGACAGCUUUCAUUGGCACAUCUGAGAGGCGGGUGCAUGUUUUUGGCCAAUUUUAA